CUUUAUUUUACUUUUAGAAUAACUGGUUGGUUGAAAUGAGUCAAGGACUACAAAAGGAAGAGGCUGAAAAUUCUGACAAUGAAUACAAAUCCAUUAAUCCACCUGUCAAAAAUAAGAAAAAAGACUUGAAACAGAGACGGAAACAGCGAGAACAUAGUAAGCUUCUAAGUGCUAUACAAAUGGCCAAGAAAGCCAAGAAAAAAAUUACUGACAUACAUAAUUUGAGAAAUAUGAUGCAAGAAAUUAAAAAACAAACUGAUAAAGCGGAGAUAUUAAAAUCGAAACGACUCAAGAAGAAAGAAUACACACAACUUGAACCAAAACGGUUGGCCAGACGUAAGUUCGAGUCGGAAGAAAUUGAAUUUAACGCCCCGCGCGAUAUUUCGGGCAAUCUUAGAACUGUAAAAAAAGAGGGUAGUAUUUUACUGGAUCGUUUUAAGAGUUUUGAAAGGCGCAACAUACUGCGCCCGUCAUCAAAGAGCAACUCAAAGAAAGGCAAAUUUAAGAAGUUUACUAAAUCUGAUCAUAAAGACGAUUGGAAAACAACAGUCGCCAGGCCGAGUUUGUCAUAACCAUAAGAAAUAUUUAUGUUCGAUGUUUCACUUAAAUAAAGUAGUGAUCGAAAUU